CGCUUGUUUCCACGUGAGCCAGUCCGGGCUCGCACAAGUGACGUAUAGAGGAAGGGGCGCGGCUAAGGUUUGCAGCGCAGCGCCUGAACUGUGAGAGUUGGCGCCAAGCGUUGGGUGCAAGUGGAUCUCGCUGGCGGGAGAGCGGGAAGGUUCGGCUUGGAGUGAUGGAUAUCCGAAAUUUUUUUGGGGUUAAACCAGUUGCGAAGAAACAUGGGACCGAAAAAACAGACAUAAAAGAGAAAAAGAAAAGUCCAGAAGCGAAAAAGAAACCGAAAGACAGUAAAGUAAAAAGUCCCAGUAGUGAUGACAGCUUGAAGGGUAUGAAUGUGAAGAAGAAGAAAAGGAUCAUCUAUGACUCUGAUGCAGAAGAGGAAAGUCCACCAGUGAAAAAAGCAAAAAAGCCAUCUGAAAAAUCCCCACCUCUGCCAAGGCCCCACAAGAUUCGCAAACCAGACCCAGUAGUGUUUGUUUCUGACACUGAUGAGGAAGACUUUGAUCAGAGAAAAAAAUAUCGGAAACCCAAGGAAAAUGGAAGUUCAACAGUAAGUUCUGAGAGGCAGCAGGUUCCUGCCAAAGUGCCGGCACAAAGCAAGCCCAUCACUCCAGAGAAAAAAAUUCCUGCAUCUUUGCUGGAUUUCUUUGGGACGGACAGUGUGAAACGCUCAGACAAGAAGCUAGUGGCAAGCAAACGGAAAGCACCGUGCGAGAGCCCAGGAGACUCCACACAGGAUGAUGAGUCCAUUGCCAAACAGCUGCAGCUUGAGGAAGAUGCGGAGCUGGAACGACAGCUUCAUGAGGAUGAAGAAUUUGCUCGAACUCUGGCAAUGUUGGAUGAAACUUCAAAAAAUAGUCAGAAGAAAACUGGAGAGAAGCCAACAUCUCUGACUUCCAAAAAAAGCCCAGUAAAGGUGGAAAAGAACGACAAACAUUCCCAUUCUCCCUCAGAGAGAGCAAACAGCUUGUCAGAUGAGUGCAAGAGCAGCAAGGCAAAAGAUCAUACCAAAGCUGAUCACAAGAGGCCCUGUUUGUCAGAAUCCUCAACUGGACAUGUAACAAAGUCGUCCUCCAAUAAGGACUCUCCCCUGAAGACCAGCUCAAAGUUGGCUCUCAUGAAACAGAAGGAUGAAGCCACCAAACAAAAGUCUUCUCACCAAAAGUCUUCUCCAGAAAUAAAAUUCAAGCAAAUUUCACCAAAGAAGGAGCAGUUCACACCAGAGAAAUCGCCACAGAAAAAUGAGUCAAGUCCUGAGGACUCUGAGAAGAAACGUGCCAAUUUUAAGGCUUACCAGAAUUUUCUUAAUCGGGAAGGUCCAAAAGCUCUGGGCUCUAAAGAAAUUCCCACAGGGGCAGAUAACUGCAUGGAGGGCCUGACCUUUGUGAUCACUGGUGUUUUAGAAUCUAUUGAAAGAGAUGAAGCAAAGUCCUUGGUAGAAAGGUACGGAGGAAAAGUAACUGGCAAUGUGAGCAAGAAGACCAACUAUGUCAUCAUGGGCCGUGACGCUGGCGUCUCUAAACGGGAGAAGGCAGAGGCACUCGGAACAAAGGUCAUUGAUGAAGAUGGACUUUUUCAUUUAAUUCGAACCUUGCCCGGCAAGAGGUCCAAGUAUGACAUUGCAGCAGCAGCUGAGGCAAAGAAGGCAAAAAUAAAGACAGAAAAGAGUCCAGACAAAAAAGAACAAGUGACUAAAAAGCCAAGCCCAAAUAAGAAAACAUUAACACCAGAAAAACAAACGGGAAAAAAGCCCAGCCCAGCUAAGAGGAGAUCCACUCCAGAAAAAAAAGAAUCCUCAAGCAAAACAGACAUGAACGACGAGGGAAAGACAAAGGUUGUUAAGAAGGAGCCGGAGGAAGUGCAACCAACCUCUACCGAUGGGGACUCGCCCUGCGAAAGUUUAUUGUGGGUAGAUAAAUACAAACCUGUGUCUAUAAAGCAAAUCAUUGGACAACAAGGAGAGCAGAGCUGUGCUAAUAAACUAAUGAAGUGGCUCAAGAACUGGCACCAGAACCACUCUUCUGAUGAAAAGAAACCUGCUGCAAAGUUUAACAAAUUUGGAGGCAAAGAUGACGGCUCUUCGGUUAAAGCUGCCCUGCUGUCAGGCCCUCCGGGUGUUGGCAAAACUACAACAGCUGUGUUAGCCUGUGAGGAGCUGGGCUACAGCUAUGUAGAACUCAAUGCAAGUGAUACUCGCAGCAAAAACAGCAUGAAGGAGGUGGUCGCAGAGUCAUUGAACAAUACAAGCAUUAAAGGCUUCUAUUCAGGAACAUGCAAGUCCGUCAGCUCCAAACAUGCUCUUAUCAUGGAUGAGGUAGAUGGAAUGGCUGGUAAUGAGGACAGAGGUGGAGUGCAGGAAUUAAUUUCCUUAAUCAAACAAUCAAAGAUCCCUAUUAUUUGUAUGUGUAAUGACCGCAAUCAUCCCAAGAUUCGCUCUUUGGCAAACUACUGCUUUGAUCUUCGUUUUCAGAGACCCAGGGUGGAGCAGAUAAAGGGAGCGAUGAUGUCUGUGGCAUUUAAGGAAGGAUUGAAGAUUCCGCCUCCAGCUAUGAAUGAGAUCAUUUUAGGGGCAAACCAAGACAUUCGUCAGGUGUUACAUAAUCUCAGCAUGUGGUGUGCGAGAAGUAAAGCCUUGACUUACGAUGAAGCCAAGAGUAACGCAAACCGUGCUAAAAAGGACAUUAAAAUGGGUCCUUUUGAUGUCGUCCGAAAAGUAUUUAGUAGUGGGGAAGAAACGGCUCAUAUGACUCUUAUAGACAAGAGUGACCUUUUCUUCCAUGAUUAUUCGCUGGCGCCUCUGUUUGUGCAGGAAAACUAUGUUCAUGUGAAGCCGGCUGCAGCAGGUGGCAACAUGAAAAAACACUUGUUUCUGCUGAGCAAAGCUGCUGACAGUAUUUGUGAUGGGGACCUUGUCGACAGAAUGAUCCGGAGCAAACAGACUUGGAGCCUUCUGCCCACUCAGGCAGUCUAUGCCAGUGUCCUACCCGGGGAGCUGAUGAGAGGAUACAUGGGGCAAUUCCCUAAUUUUCCCAGCUGGUUAGGGAAAUAUUCCGCCACGGGGAAAUACGACCGCGUCACGCAGGAGUUAACCAUGCACACGUGCCUCAGAACGAGAACAAACAAGGGGGCCCUGAAUCUGGAUUAUCUGUCGUACAUGAGGGACGAGCUGGUGAGGCCAUUGCAUCAGUCUGGAGCAGAGGGGGUGGCCGAGGUGGUGGAUUUUAUGGACAAUUAUUACCUGAUGAAAGAGGACUAUGAUAACAUCAUGGAAAUCAGCUGCUGGGGAGGGAAACCCAGUGCCUUUUCCAAACUGGAUCCCAAGGUCAAAGCUGCUUUCACCCGUGGCUACAAUAAGGAGGCGCAUCUGACCCCAUACUCCCUGCACGUGGUUAAAGCUUCCAAGCGAGCGACUGCAUCAGUGGCAGACUCUGAGUACAGCGAGGAAACCAUCAACGAGGAACACAAUGAGGAGACAGAAGAGCAAGCAGACAGCAUGGAGUCCGAUGCAAUGAUCAAGGCAAAAAAAGCCAAACCAGCAAAGCCAACCAAAACAUCAAAGACAGAAAAGGGUGGAGAGAAAAAAACAGGAAAAGCAAAGGUGAAGAAGGCAAAGUGAUCUCAUUGGCUGAUAUGUAAGAGACUAUAAGCCACGCCCCCACUGAUUGUGGGAAAGAGGAAACCCAAUCACAUGACUUUACUCCGUCGCCCAUUGGUGCUGAGAUGUAACACACAGUCGGCGUCAGGAGGGAAAGGGUUAUUUGGAUCUUUUUUAUUGAGAUGUAGAAAAUGUGUAAAGGCACUUGUCAGGAUUCAGUCCAUUGUCGCUGGUAACUGAAGAGCAGAUUUUAUAGUGUGUGUCUUUCCCCAGAUCUGUACAUAAACACUCGACUUUUCCUUUGUAUAAUAAGUCAAAUGUAACUGUAUAAAUCUACAAUUAAAAUUAGUUUAUCACAAAA